AUGAAUUCCGAAAGAAAAAAAAAAGUGUGUAUAGUUGUUUUGGGGGAUAUUGGAAGAAGUCCACGAAUGCAAUAUCACGGAUUAUCUUUUGCAAGAGAAAAAUAUAAUGUAACAUUCGUUGGAUACUCAGGUUCAACUCCUCUUAAGUUGUUAAGAGAUAAGAAAAAUGUUAAUUUUAAAUAUUUAUAUCCCUGUCCCAAUUUUAAGCAAUAUUUACCCAAUGUACUAGCUUACAUUUUUAAAGUAAUAUGGCAAAUUGUGACACUUUUUUAUGCAUUAUUGACAAUUGAUGUGUCAGACUUCCUUCUAAUUCAAAAUCCACCUGCAUUACCAGGCAUUGGUGUAUGUUUUCUUUACUGCAAAUUAUUCAAAGUAAAAUUAGUGAUUGACUGGCACAAUUAUGCAUAUUCAAUAUUAGCAUUAUCGGUGGGUGAUAAACACAAAUUAGUUAAAAUUUCAAAAUGGUAUGAGUUUUUCAUUGGCUCUAAGUCAGAAAAUAAUUUAUGUGUAACACAAGCAAUGCGAAAAGACUUAAUGGAUAAUCAUAAAAUAAGUGCAAUUACUUUUUACGAUUGCCCACCUGAUUUUUUUCAUUGUACUACUGUCGAAGAAAAACAUAAUUUGUUUCUAUCAUUAGGUUUAAAGUACAAAAUAUUUUUAAAUAAUUGUGAUUCAAAUGAAACUGUUUUCACAAAAGUAAAUGCCGGCAAUAAAGUAGUUCUUAAGGAUGACAGGCCUGCAUUUCUUAUAUCAAGCACUAGCUGGACAGAAGAUGAGGAUUUUUCAAUUUUAUUAAGUGCCUUAGAAAUGUAUGAAGAAUCAAAAAAAUGUUCUUCAAAUUUACCUAAUUUAAUUUGUGCAAUUACUGGAAAAGGUCCUUUAAAAGAAUAUUAUAGUAAAAUUAUUGAAGAAAAAAAUUGGAAAUAUGUGCAAAUAGUUACUCCUUGGUUGGAAGCUGAAGAUUAUCCAUUAUUUAUUGGAUCGGCAGACUUGGGUGUGUGUUUGCAUAAAUCAUCUAGCGGAUUAGAUUUACCAAUGAAAGUAGUCGACAUGUUUGGUUGUUCUGUACCAGUGUGUGCUAUAAAUUUUAACUGUUUACCUGAGUUGGUAAAACAUGAGUUAAAUGGAUUUAUUUUCAAUGAUGCUUCAGAGCUUUUUACGCAAAUUAAAAGUUGGUUUGAAGAUUUUCCAAAUUCAAACUCUCCAAAACAAAAAUCAAUUAAAGAAAAUCUUUCAAAUUCUGUUAAAAAAUGGCAUGAUAAUUGGAAAUUGAAUGUCCUUCCAUUAUUUUAA